AUGGCAUUUACAUUUGGCACUCCAGCGAUUACAUCUAGCAGCACGGGUUUUGGAUUUGGAACGCAAAAGCUAGCAACAGGCUUUAACUUGAGCAACACGUCGUUUGGUACUCCAACCACAACAUCAUUUGGUACUACUCCUACAACAUCCUUUGGUUCAUUGUCAUUUGGAGCUCUCUCUACUCCAACGACAUCCAUGAGUCUGAAUUUUGGAUUUGGUAGUACACCAACAACCUCUACACAAACACAAUCUGGUAGUUUGCUCCUAGGAUCCAAUACAGCUACCACAAUGACUACUGCACCUAGUUUAUUUCCUGUUCCUAGCACAUCCGCACCUUUAUUCACAGGCCUUAGUUUUGGAGCAUCAGCCACGACAAGUGCUUCAACAUUUGGAGUUACAUCUAAUACACCCACAACAGGAAGUCUAACUUUUGGUACAACAACUACUAAUACUUUGUUUCCAUCCGGAACUGGAAGUAUUCUAUUAGGUACCAAACCGACAAUUGCUUCUACUAUUGCUACUACCACCACUGCAACUAGCACGAAUCGUGGACUGGGUGGCUUAGACAUCUCUAUCAACAAUAAAGGUUUAUCUCAAGGAAAUAGCAGUUCAACAGCUGCUAAAGAGAAUUUAUUGCCAAAUGAAUUCAUGCAAACCAUAGAUAAAUUCAAGGACUUUGUUAAAACACAGAAGGUUCUAUCCUCGGACAUCGCGAGAGGUUCGGCGAGACCGUUGAAUCGAUGCGCGGAAGAUACGGCAUCCUUAAUGGAAAUUUUGUCCACCUUGUCUGGCUCAGUGCAACGAGACCGUUCUUUCGCUGACAAGCUAAAACAAGACACUGCGCGGGCAUUGCAGAACGCGGAAAUAGCUCAGAGAACUCACGAUACUCCGCCGGGCUUACAGUACGAGAACAACGCGCCUCUUCUUUUCUUCAUGGAAUUAGUCGAAAGCUUCGAACACGAUCUGAUGUUGUUCAGAUCUCAAAUUGAGACAACAGAGAAACACAUACAAGCCAUGAUGGCGCCAAGAACGUUAACGCCGCAGGAAUUAACAAUGGCCAUGAGUAAACUGCACGAGUCUCUGGUAGCAGUCGCUGGCAAACUACAAAGUGUGCACGCCAAGGUGCAACAACAAAAGGAACAGUACAUCAAUUUCCGGAAAUACGUGUUGAAGGAUAAUACGAAUGUUUUCGACAGUAUCAAGGUAAACAAUAAAUCUAGUCGGAACAGCAUCGAAAAGAUCACGAGUGGCCCCACGCCCUUUGGACCAGGAAAUAAAAGCUUUUUAUCGUCGACGGCAUUAAACUCAAACCGGCCGGCAAGUUAUGAAACACGAAAUUCUUUAGUUUGGGAAAAUACAACACCGAUACCGUCUGCUACUAAUAGCGCUAUAGGCUCGUCCAUGAAACCACCAACAGCGAGUUUAAAUUUUAAUCCGACAAUUAAUUUGAUCGCACCGGCGAACGAAUCCAACUCAAACUUUCAGCUUCAGAAACCUCCCGUUGGUAAUAAACGAGGAAAACACUGAAACCUUGUCUCAGAUAUCUUCAUAAUCUGUAAUCCUCACAAAUUUCAAUCUUGUUAUACAAAUCCACCAUACAUUGUACUCUUAUUUAUCGGACUGUUAGCGUUAGCGUUAAAAUAACGAGGUAAAAAGCUUGAAAGAUAUUUUUGUAUGUUCUAUAUUUCGAUCAUGAAAUAUCAUGUAAAAUAGUCUGGUCAUUUCUUUUUUUUAUAUGCGUUAAUAUAUGUACAUGCUAAACUUUAUUGAAAUUUAUAUUUUACAUUACAGAUAGUUUCUCUUACAUUAAUCCUCGUAACCUUCUUUGCUUUAUAUUAAAUAUUUAAAGUUUCAUUAUUUCGAAAUAAUAGUAUUAUUAGUACAUAAGUAUAUAUUAAAAUAAUUUUCUACUGAAAUUUGGCCAGUUUGUCGAAAACUUGUAUAUUUUUACACACUUUCUCGCGUGUUUGUAAUUAAACGAGAUAUUGCGAAAAUCGGUAAUAGUGAAGUAGACAAAUAUAUCAAGCUAAAAUUGGUCCCUUUUUCGAGCAAGAAUGCUAUUUGUAUAAAACACAAACAAGAUAAAGCGAGAACAUUUAUAAAACGGAGUAACAUAGUAAUACUACAAUUUCUAUAUCUGCGUCGAGAGAAUUGUAUUUAACCUAGAGAGGAUAUCGUUAAGUAUAAACAAUAAAAAGCUUCUUUACAUUUCA